ACGGAGCUUGCGUGGUUCAACUUCUUCCCUGCAAGAUAUACAUAGCGUGGAGCAACUGUGCUGUGGCAAACCGUGAUGCAUGCCCCAAGAAAGUACACCCACUUCAAUUCAAAGCAUCGCCCAUCUUUUCUCACAUGUUACGGUCCUUACGGAUCAGCCGGUGAGCCGGACCACCAUUUUUGGAAUUCUCAAGAGACAAAAUGCUCUUUGUACGCCUUCUUCUCCUGAUCGUCUUCCUGGGCCUCCACCCUCAAGCGUCGUCGGACACCACUGCCGACGACGACCAAUUUGUCUACUCCGGCUUCAGAGGAUCCGCUCUCACCGUGGACGGAACCGCCGCCGUCACGUCGGACGGCGUCCUCCUGCUAACCAACGGCACGGCCUACCUCAAAGGCCAUGCUUUCCACCCGACCCCGCUGCGGCUCCGGGACUCCCCAAACGGCAGCGUGCAGUCCUUCUCCGUCGCCUUCGUGUUCGGCAUCGUCUCCGUGUACCCGGACUUCAGCGCGCACGGCAUGGCCUUGCUGAUAGCUCCAGGCAAGGACUUCUCCUCUGCUCUGCCGGCCAAGUACCUGGGCCUCACCAACGUCCAGAACGACGGCAACGCCAGCAACCACCUCCUCGCCGUGGAGCUCGACACCAUCCAGAGCGUCGAGUUCAAGGACAUCAACGCCAACCACGUCGGCAUCGACGUCAACGGCCUGCAGUCCCUGCGAUCCUACAACGCCGGGUACUACGACGACGGCAGCGGCGAGUUCCAGAACCUGAAGCUUAUCAGUCGCCAGGCCAUGACGGUCUGGGUGGACUACAGCGGCGACAAGAAGCAGAUCAACGUGACGCUAGCUCCGCUCCUAAUGGCCACCAGACCAGCCAGGCCACUGCUCUCCGUCUCCUACGACCUCUCGACGGUGCUCACGGACAUAGUCUACCUGGGCUUCACGUCGGCGACCGGUCGUGUCAACUCACGGCACUGCGUUCUUGGCUGGAGCUUCGGCAAGAACAGGCCGGCUCCUGCCAUUGACGUCUCCAAGCUGCCAGACCUACCUCGUGCUGGUCCCAAACCGGGGUCCAAGGUCUUGGAGAUCGUUUUACCCAUUGUUACCGGAGCAUUGGUGCUUUGUUUUGGAGGUGCCGGUGUUCUACUUGUGCGAAGGAGAUUUAGGUACGCCGAGCUACGCGAGGACUGGGAGGUUGAGUUUGGGCCACAUCGGUUCUCGUACAAGGAUCUUUACCAAGCGACUGACGGAUUCAAGGAUAAGAAUCUGCUCGGUGAGGGAGGUUUUGGGAGGGUUUACAAGGGAGUUCUUGUGCCGUCUAUGCUAGAGGUUGCCGUGAAGAGGGUGUCCCACGAAUCAAGACAAGGGAUGAAGGAGUUCGUCGCCGAGAUAGCAAGUAUCGGCCGCAUCCGGCACCGUAAUCUUGUGCAGUUGCUCGGUUACUGCCGGCGGAAAGGUGAGCUUCUUUUGGUUUACGAGUACAUGCCAAAUGGUAGCCUUGACAAAUAUCUAUACAGUAGUAGUAGUAGUAGCAGCAGCAGCAGCGUAGGGGAGAUAUGUUCAAAGCUGAGGUGGGCACAGAGGUUUCACAUCAUCAAAGGCGUGGCAUCAGGGUUGCUCUAUCUCCAUGAGAGGUGGGAGAAGGUGGUAGUCCACAGAGAUAUCAAGGCAAGCAACGUGCUGCUGGACGCAGACAUGAAUGCGCAGCUCGGUGACUUUGGCCUGGCAAGGCUUUACGACCAUGGCACGGACUCGCAAACCACACACGUGGUUGGCACCGUGGGAUACCUAUCCCCCGAGCUGCUACGCACAGGCAAGGCGUCCCCUCUCACAGAUGUGUUCGCCUUCGGGAUAUUCCUCAUGGAGCUCACCUGCGGCCAGAAACCCAUCAAGGAGAACGAGCAAGGCGGCGGCGGCGGCGGCCAUGUGAUGCUGGUCGACUGGGUGCUCCAGCACUGGCGCAACGGGUCGCUCGUGGCAACCGUGGACGCGGGGCUUCGCGGCGAGUACGACGUCGGCGAAGCCGAAUUGGUUUUGAAACUAGGGAUCCUGUGCUCGCACCCGUUCGCCAACGCACGGCCAGGCAUGGGGCAGGUCAUGCGCUAUCUCGACGGCGUGACGCCACUCCCAGAGCUGACACCGACGGAUUCCAGCUUCGAUGUGCUAGCGAUGAUGAUGCAGGGCGAAGACUUUGGCAUGUCCUCCUUUUCACAUCCAGAUACGGUGGCCAGUUUCGGCACAAUCUCCAACCUAUCAGGAGGAAGAUAAUAACAAAAGUAUGUAAAAAACGUUCUUGGCUCCGCAACUGCAGGUUAGUCACUUGGUGCGGAUAGGCUGCAUUGAUACUGAUACAAGUUAUACUUGCUUCAUCUAAAAACGUAACAGUCGAGGGGUUAGGAGCAGUGUUAACAGCAUUUGUGUGUUCCGUGCAGAGUAGAACAUACCGUGUGUAGACUGUAGUGCGAAGAUGUCAAUACGAGCUGUACUUGUACUAUCUAGUCUCUCCCUCCUUUCGGCGGACGGUCGCAUAGUUGAGGGCACGAUGUUGUCAAAAAAAAAAAAAAAAAGAGGGCACGAGGCUCUGUUUUCUGUAUUGAUUGAUGCUUUCGUGACUUUGUUCUUUAUCAGCUGAGCCUAGUUGUGGAGUUGUGGGUCGUCAAUUAUGUAUGAGUAUUAUAGUACAGUACUGCUUUCGGAAAAAUGCCCCUACUAGAAACAAGACAACUUGAGAUUACAAAUACA